CGCGCGUGGUGCCUCGAGCAAGCGCGGCAGAAGAACUACAGCAGCUCGUUCAACCCGAACGGGAACGGGUACCUCUCGGUGUACGGCUGGUCGACGAGCCCCCUCAUCGAGUACUCCAUCGUCGAGUCGUACGGCACCUACAACUCCAGCACGGGAGCGACCUUCAAGGGCACCGUGAGCAGCGAAGGCGGCACGCACAACAUCUACACUGCGCGGCGCGUCAACGCACCGUCCGUCCAGGGCACGCAGACGUUCACCCAGUUUUGGUCUGUCCGGACGAGCAAGCGCGUCGGCGGCACGGUCACGACCGCGAGCCACUACCCAUGA